UGAUCGUUACUUCCUAGUACUGCCUCAUGUGCUCACUCUUUGCGAAGGGAGGUCACACUGCAGAGAGAGCGAAAUGGUGUUAAUGUCUUCUGUGUUUCGGAGAAGAGUCCUUCAACUUCCACCAUGCAGAAACCCUAAGCCUACAAUUUCCCGGCGGUGGAUGUCCUCGUCGCCGUCGCCGGAAUCGCCGGAGGGGAAGAAAGGGAUGAAUAUUGAGACGAUAUUGGUGGCGAACCGCGGGGAGAUUGCGUGCAGGAUCAUGAGGACGGCUAGGAGGCUUGGCAUCCGGACUGUUGCGGUAUUUAGCGAUGCCGAUCGUGGCGCUCUUCAUGUGGAUUAUGCCGACGAGGCCAUACGAAUUGGACCGGCUCCUGCACGCUCCAGCUAUCUUAAUGCAUCGGCCAUUAUUGAGGCUGCCCAUCGAACUGGAGCUCAGGCUAUACACCCUGGCUAUGGUUUUUUGUCUGAGAGUGCUGAUUUUGCUCAGCUUUGUGAAGCUGAAGAUCUUAACUUUAUAGGGCCUCCAGCGUCUGCCAUCAGAGAAAUGGGUGACAAGAGCGCAUCAAAGCGAAUCAUGGGUGCUGCUGGUGUACCACUUGUGCCUGGUUAUCAUGGUGACCAACAGGAUAUUGAUUUUUUAAAAGCCGAAGCUGAAAAAAUUGGAUAUCCCAUUUUAAUAAAGCCUACACAUGGCGGAGGAGGAAAGGGAAUGAGAAUAGUUCGAAGUCCAGGUGAAUUUGCUGAUUCUUUUUUGAGUGCACAACGUGAGGCUGCUGCUUCUUUUGGAGUAAGUACAAUUUUGAUUGAGAAGUACAUCACUCAACCCAGGCAUGUAGAAGUUCAGGUUUUUGGAGACAAGCAUGGAAAUGUCAUCCAUUUAUAUGAGAGAGACUGCAGUGUGCAACGAAGGCAUCAGAAAAUAAUUGAAGAGGCACCUGCGCCAAAGGUAGCCAAUGAGUUCCGCUCUCAUCUAGGCGAAGCUGCUGUUGCUGCUGCCAAGGCAGUUGGCUAUUACAAUGCGGGAACAGUGGAGUUUAUUAUGGAUACCCUUUCCAAUCAAUUUUAUUUCAUGGAAAUGAACACCAGACUUCAGGUCGAACAUCCUGUAACCGAGAUGAUUGUUGGACAAGAUCUCGUGGAGUGGCAAAUCCUUGUUGCAAAUGGUGAAACUCUGCCUUUGACUCAGUCAGAGGUGCCCUUAAAAGGGCAUGCCUUUGAGGCUAGAAUAUAUGCAGAAAACGUUUAUAGGGGCUUCCUCCCUGCAACUGGUUCACUCCAUUACUACCAUCCAGUCUCCAUUUCUCCAACAGUGCGAGUUGAAACAGGAGUGAAGGAGGGAGACACGGUUAGCAUGCACUACGACCCUAUGAUAGCUAAGCUUGUAGUGUGGGGAGAAAAUCGACAAGCUGCGUUAGUCAAACUGAAGGACUGCUUGCUAAACUUUCAGGUUGCAGGUUUGCCGACUAAUAUAGGUUUUCUGUACAAACUCGCAAACCAUUGGGCUUUUGAGAAGGGCUUAGUUGAAACACAUUUCAUUGAGCAUUUCAAAGAGGAUCUUUUCAUUGAUUCAGGAGUUGAUAUAGCAGCCGGGACAUCUGCUUCCUCCAAACUUGGUGCAGCAUUUGUUGCAGCAUGCAUCUGUGAAAAGGACCAUAAUACCUACAAGGAAAAGUUUCCUGGUGGGGACAAUUUGUUUUCUUUGUGGUAUUCUAAUCCACCUUUUCGAAUGCAUCACUCUGCCAAGCGUUUGAUAGAACUUGAGUGGGACAAUGAACUUGAUGGAAAAUGCCUAGAACCCUUGAAACUGGUCAUCAACUGUGUAUCGAAAGGAAGAUAUUUAGUUGAGUUUGAAGGUGAUGAUUCCCCUGUCAUGGACAUCAAAGUCGUUCAUUUGGGUGAGUGCAAGUUCAUUGUUGAAACUGAUGGACUGAGCAACCAUAUUACUUUGGCAAGGUACUUUAAGGAUAAUUGCAAACACAUACAUAUAUGGCACGGGCAACAUCACCAUCAUUACCGAGAACCUGCGAGCCUUGAUCAUUCUAAUAAUGACGUGAGUGAUCAUAAACCUAGUUUUCAGACGGCUCCACAUCCUAAAGGGAGUGUGUUGGCACCUAUGGCUGGUUUAGUGGUCAAGGUUUUGCUAGACAAUGGGGCAAAGGUUGAAGAAGGACAACCUGUUCUAGUUCUUGAGGCCAUGAAAAUGGAGCAUGUUGUCAAGUCUCCUCGUGCCGGUUAUAUUGAGGGGCUUCAUAUUGCAUCCGGCCAACAAGUCUUUGACACUAGUAUUCUCUUUACUGUCAAGGAUUAGCGACAAAAUAACAUAUCUGCUGCAAUAUUUUAUGCUUCUUUGCUCCAUUUCUUACCUAUGGAACAAUGAAAUAAACUAAAAAGAAAGCCUGGGACUGAGUUCAUAUCCGGCGGCUCCAUAUCGAACUGAUGCAUAUUCUCUCCAAAACAUCAUUUUUCUUAUUUUGAGGUUUAUUUG